UAAAAAUAAUUUGAAAAUUAUUAUAAAGUAGCUUGAAGAACAUAUUAAUGAUACUACAUUAACAUCUAAAAUGAUUUGUAAUAAAGCUAUAAAACAGGCAAUUAGGUGUGCUAAAAUUUCCUGAUAUUACAAAACUUUGUGAAAUAUAACUCUGUGUAAACUGAUCUUAUCUUGCACAUGUACAUAUCUUUUCGCCAAAAGGUCCUUCUUGUGCCCGCCCCACGAAAUUAUAUCGCAAUUGAGUGCGUUUCCAUAUCCCUUCGUUCGUCCUUCCAUCUUAGCAAUAGACCCAUUGCCUAUCCCAUUGCUCCCACAUUGCUAGGCUGUGCUGGAAAGCCGAGUCGGCAAAGAAAAGCAAAAACCGUUUUACUAAGUGCCUACAGGCAAUCGGAGACCCACUUCCUACAAUAGCGUCAAAGCAGGCGAAGACGUUUAGCGAUAGCGGGUUGAUAGCAAAAUGAAACGACGUUCAAUAAAGGAUUGUGUGCGUGCGUACCACGAGCGUGUUCCCUUCCAGGGUGGGUUUUGUGCUUGUGUUGCAAUGUGGUGGGCUCGUAUGUAUGCAUGUAUGUGUGAAAAUUUUGAGCCUUCUCGAGUGGUUAAAUCAAAAUCAAUCUAGCGCCAAGUUUUGAGUCAACGCCGGAAGCCUAGUUCCGACCGUAUCUUGUGAGAGGAAUGGAAUGAAUGGUGUUAAUUUAACCUACCUGGAAUGUAGGAAAAGAAACGCGUCUGUCAAAAACCAAGGAUCACUAAAGGUGUGAGAAAACUCCGAAAACACCGACCAAGUGCGUAAAUACGUAUAAAUUUAUGAUCUAUUAGUGCACUAACAAAAGUGGGAAAAAGUGAUUUUGUUUGCGAUGAUGGAAACUACAGUGGAUUAUUUAAAACAGUAAACGUUUUAUUUAUCACGAGUCAAUGGAAGAAAAGUGUAGAGCAUAACACUGCACCCUGUGGAUUAUUUACCAAAGGUAGCUGUUUGAGCGCAACCGCAAUACCAUCGAUUUGCCAUCGAUCGUUCCCAUAUGCUCUAUUUGCAAACACCUGAUAGCCAUUUUCCAUCAACAAUUUCUCGAAACAACGAAAAACGAUAUGUGUGUUGCGUCGAAGCAAGUGUGUUCAAUACAUUUCAACGCAUUAUAACAUCUAUCCAUUGGAAGUGAAAAACCUGUAUAGGAACAACAUUCCUAACAAACCGUACUGCUAUUCACCCGAAUAGCAACUGGACUUCAGCUUCAUCAAAACGAUCAAACGACGAAUUCCGGUGGAGCGAAUCGAAGGUGACUUCAAAAUCUUCUUGUCUUGCCUCGUUGACGUGCUCGUAAGGUUCAUAAAACACAUUUCAGGGGGCAGUAAAAAUACACACACACACUUUCGCAUUGACCGACCGCAUCGAGAACAGCAUCCACUCGAGCAGUACAGCAUUCGCAGACGUUCGGCGUUCGCACAAACUUUCCGAAAACAUACAGAUACAUCGUACGAAAAUAAAUCAAAUUCCGGUAACGAUGCCGACACCGCUGGACAGUGGACGGCUUGCGGUCGGUUCAACAAGUGGCUCGACCUUAGCGUCGGAUCGAGCGUGAAGAGGAUGCUAAGCACAGCUAUAGAUCGCCAUAUCCAGCUCAACAAAUAUCGGUGAUGGGUCAUCGUCAUCAUCGCCACCAUCACCCGGCUGCUUAUGAUCGGCAACUCGCUCGACUCAUUGUACCUACCGUAACGCCACCUGUAUGUUCGCCGCCCCGACAUUAUUGGCACUGUCACCGAAAAAUACUGCUUUGGUCGCUGGUUGGUUUAAUCGCUCUACUAAUUAACUCAAGCCAUGGACUGGAACAACUGUCCGCAGGUCAGGAACAGGAACCUCAAGCUGAUCAGCACCCGCUUCCACCAACCAUUUCGUCCACCUCCACCGUCAGCCCUACACUUCCACCGUGCGAACAGCGCGCCCUGGACGAGAUCCCGCCCGAUCCAUUUUACGAUGUUUCGGAUAUUACGAUCGGAGCAGCGAAGUCAUUCGCUGACUUCCUCGCUGGCCGCAAGAUAGAUGGCACGUCCCGGGAUGAUCGCAAGUUUGUUCUAGCGCGCGAGAAGGCCAACGAGCUGGCGAACGGUGUAUUGAAGCAGGACGAUGGAUUGCUGCUAGCCGUUGGCAUUGCAUCACCACGGCUUCCCCUAGCCGUGGUACAAUUCCGGGACCAGAUCGACAGCGCACACGUCAAUCUAUCGGAGAGUAAAAACUUCCUAUCGACCUACUGGCGUGAGCUGGGCGUUGCCUGGAACCAAAGCAAUGGUGCUCAGUUCUGGGGUACUCCGUUCCGCGAUUGUGGGCCCCUCUAUGGCCGAUGGCUUUGGCCGUAUAGCGUCACUGUUGAAUCGCAAGGCUACAAAAUCGUUGCUUCGGCAUUUAUCGCCGCGGACGUGGAUCAGUGCAACGAUGCGUUGGAAUCGAUUUUUGGCCGCCGUCAUGUUUGCGAUCGUGAGUCCACCUUUUGCCUGCUGUCGGAGCUGGACGCUUCCAAACCUCGGGGCAAAUAUACGUGCGUCUGCCGACCUGGCUACUACAUUCCCAACGAAUCGAUACAGGGUUUCUCGUCCGAGAAGAGCGAAGGCAACAUUACAAACUUUAGCUGCAUUCCGUGCCCAAGUGCAUGCGAGUGUGAUUCGGCCGGCAGCUGCAGCAGCCCGGACGAAGACUUCAGCACCGAAACACUCAUGAAAGCGACGAUCGGUGCUAUCUUAGGAGCUUGUAUGCUUUGUUGUUUAGUGUUAGCGUUAAUUGUGUUCCGUCAGCGGAAGUGCAAGACCAUUGCCACCGGGAUGUGGACUAUUUUAGAAACAAUUUUAUUCGGCAUUUUACUUCUAUAUUUAGCGGUUGCUCUACACUUCCUGCAGGCAUCAACAGUGCGGUGCCUGCUGGAACCGUGGUGCCGUGAGCUGGGGUUCAUCAUUUGCUACGGUGCGAUCGUGCUCAAGCUGUACCGUCACCUGGUGGAGUUCCGCACCAGAAAAGCUCAUCGAUGGGUUGUGAGAGAUCUCGAUCUGCUGCGCUACUUGUGCGCGAUGAUCGUCGCGGUGCUAUGCUAUCUGGCCGCAUUUACUGCGACCAGUCUUGACUUUCUGCAGUACAGCGAACUGGUUUGGCAGAUGGACCAACCACAGUCAAUGGACGCGGAGCAGGUUGCGUCCAAUAUGUGCCGCCCACUACGCUGGGAUUACGUGACGGAGGCCGGCGAGCUAUUGAUACUGGGCUUCGGACUACAGUUGGCCAUCGCUAGCCGUAAUGCUAAUACACAAUUUCGGGAGCGACAAUUCUUAGUAGCAUCCAUACUGAUCGAGUUCCUCGUCUCGUCCACAUUCUACAUACUACGCUUCUGGUAUUUGGAGGAAUUCAAUCCGUCUACACUAUUCUUAGCCCUGUUCGUGCGCUCGCAGCUGACCAACACCGUGACGUUGGGCUUGAUAUUUCUCCCCAAGCUAUGGUACCAGCACAAACAGGUUCGUUCCCUUGCCCAUGACGUAUCAUUCCGCUUACCUGUGGAUGCUUUCAAGGGUGCACAUGAGAGUACACACCAUGGCGGGGCACUCGGCACGUACGCUGGCAUCUGUAUGGGUGACCCGGAGGUUGGCGACGUCACAAUAUCGGAGAUGAGUCCCGAGGACAUCAGAGCCGAGCUGAAAAGACUGUACACACAACUAGAAUAUUUAAAAAAUAAAACCCUUCGCCAAGACAAUCCUCACAUAAGCAAGCGAAGGGGAGGAAGAAAGGUCGCCCAUCGGAGGUUCUCACUCCAGAAAAAAGGAAGCCGAGAAAAGGCACUGAGCGCUAAACACCGCAACAAUCGUCCAGCGGUGAGCGAGGUUGAAGUGACCGAAGCCGAACCGUCCCGUACGCCCGAGGACAGCGUGUGCAGUGUCGAGGGCCCAACCGAUACCGGUACCGGAACUGGCGAGAUUUCCGGCAUCUCCAGCUCCAAAUAGCCAUCGUCGACCGGGGCGCAACCGCAACAGUCAGGCGGCCGAUCGCGCUACAAGGAGUACAAUUUUUGAACCAUCGACUGGCUAUAACCGGUCCCUUGCGAAUGGAUAGCACAGCCUCCCAUCAUCUCGCUUCUGCUUGCCCUACAAAUCCUGGCUCUCUCCUUGCUGUACUCAGUCGCUAGUAUCGAGAAUGAUCGGAUGCAGCAGUUGUUGUUUGCGAGUACAUCCUGUGUCCAGCGAACAGUGAAUCUCAAAUGCAAAUUCCAACCGUAGGCAGUUUCCGUCGGGACACGUUCCCGCAGUCAGCUAAUGCUACGCUUGACAGCCGUGGACGUGCUAAAGUAGGAUGCCAACUUCUAGCAAAGUGACUAGAAUUAUUUCCUUCUAUCAAACUCGAUAUUAUACAACGUUAGUUUAGCAUUGUGGAGACCAAAAGACAGUAAACAAACAAAACAAAAAGCAAAAACGGAUACAGCAUAUCCAGAGUCCUGUGUUCACACCAUGAUCGUACAUAUGUUGUGUUAUUUCUAAAGUGUUACGCUUUUGGAUGCUGCUAGCAUUCAAAUUGCUCUUCCAUCGAUUGCAUGAUGGUUGGCGGAAAUUGCAAUGAUACUGCUAAACUUUUUCAACUAUUCUUGGUUUUUUUUGUUUCACUUAUGCAUCCAUAUCAUCUCGACAGAAUCUAUUUAAGAAAACCAGAUUUUAAACAAUCUAUGUGAACCAACAGUAGUAGAACGAAGCAUGUGGUACAAAGUAUGAAAUUCUCCUUCAAUUCCCGUAAAACUAUCUUCAAACUAUCGUACGCAUACGCAAGCUUUGUGCGAACAAUAUCAACUGGGAACAAGUACAAGCAUGUGUGAACAGAGACGAUAAUAAAAUGAGAAAAAAACAUGAAGAUGAUCAACUCACCAGCAUUAUUGCAUCCAGGUACAAUUGAGUUGAAAUAUUUUCCCCACCCAGCUGAUAGUAUUUAUGAAAAAUCCUCAACAAAAAAACAACCUGCUGCUAAGUAUGUAUAUAUAGAACAAAAAAGGCCCGAAACGUAUAUACAAAUUACACACACUCAACAAUUUUAAUAGAUUACCUUCCGGAGCAACAGCUACCGUGACCAGGCACGCCUAGCAAAAAAAACGAUUAAAAUCAGCGUAAAUGAACACCGUCAUUUUGAAAAUGAAAAAAAAUAAACCCACAUUGUUCAAAGCUGAGGUAACGGUUAUUGGUUGUUGGCCUACAUUGGCUACCAACCUCGUUGAACGUUAAAUGGUGGAGAAGACAUAUAAAGAUACAUAAAUUAUAAAUCAAGGUCGAGGGAUACCGCAAAGCGAAUGAAUUAGAAUGUAAGUGAAAAUAAAAAAAGAAGAAAAAAGCGCAAAGUACAUAAGUAGAAUUACGUAGAGAAAAAAAAAACAAAGACAAUGCCAUUCUAUUGAAUAUGUCUUAGAUGGAUACAUGUGCAAGCGGGUGUAGCAAGGUAAAAAAAUGCCUCGACCCCAUCUGCCAAACCCGGAAAAACGUUGACGUAUUUGUAACAUAAUAGCAGGUAAGAAAAUAUUAAAGAUUAUUAUCAACACAAAUAAACCGUAUUACAGCAUCCCAUUAUCAUGAGCUUAAUCAAAUAGAUAAUCCAAAACAACAACUUACGAACUACACGAACGUUUUGCGCAAAAAGGUCAAUGUCGGUGAGGGCCGAUGGAACCAAAACAUUGCAUCGGGUAACUCAAUGUAAAGCGCCAAAAGCGUUUAAGGCUGCCAGUAUAGUAAAAAUUUACACUAGAAUUUGCUAAGUACUAACGACAGUCCAAUUCCUUGUGGCCGUGUGCAAGCAGGUGUUUAGAAGAUGUGCAAAGACGAGUGUAACAACAACCAAAACGAACACAAGCUAAUUAUAUUACAUACCAUUAAGGGCAUAUUGUCAGGUUCAGAUGUAAAAAAUAAUCAUUGCUUCGUUCUUUAGAAAAAAAAAACAAAAUGACUAACGUUUGUUGCGUUUUUGUUUUUACAACAUUUGCCAAUAUUGAUUUUCAUUUCAAGAUUCGAAUUUCUUCGCCCAACCGUUCUCUACCCGUAACAGGCGGGAGAUUGGUUCUGGCAAGUGAAGAAAUGUGUAACCAAACGCCAACUCCGAAAGAUGAACAUUUGAUGCGCCUAGUGCUCGGAUGUGGUGAAUCCCCUUUGCAAAUUGUCUUCCUGCCAGACGGCCAGAUAAGCAGUUUGGGACGGGCAAAGCACACUGAGCGAGGCCAUCGAACAGUAGUCGAUUAGGGACGGAAAGGUAUAUAGCGGUAUUAUAUACGAGACGAAACAGAUACGAUUAGUUCGUUUACUCACACGGAAUAUAUCUUACUAUCGUUAAGUGGAUCCUAACACUACUAUAACUGUCAUUAUAAGACGUAUUAUGAAAUGUUUAACAUUGUGUCUAUAAGAAGAACGGACUGCAGACAAGUUUGCUAGUAAGUGAACGAAGCCGUAGCAUUAGCCUGAGCUCGUAGGGAAGUUGGGUGAUGAUUAGAGAAUUAUUUGAAGAAAAAAAAUAUAACAACAGAUAUAGCUAAAUGCCAGAACAGAAUAGCGUAGUGAAGGCUAAAAAAAAGACGUCCUACAACGGUGAAGAAGCAGAAAUAUGACGAAAUGAAACUAUCCACCUAAAACAAUUUUACUGUAUCUACUAGUUCUUACCGAGGAAAAAUAGAAGGAUAUACCCCGUAUAAGUAGAUAACAUCAACACUAAAACAAAACCAAUUCCCACUUACCACGUGUACUGAUGUAAGGAGUAUUGUGGUGUAACGUACGGUACGAAUACGAAUUCUCAUUGGUUAAAAAUAUUAGAUUUCAUUCACUUCACAACCAUUCGCAGACCACUCUCCACUUACUAUAUGAAGUAGACAGAUAUCACGAAAAAUUACGAUUGAUUUUGCGAAAGAAUGAUUACGAUUGAUUUUGCUAUAGUUUUCAUAAUCGGAAAAUAAUAAAUGAUUUACAAAUGUUUGCUAAAAACAAAUCUAAUUUAAAGAAAAACUAACAAUGCAAUAUGAGAAUCAACACAAUUAUUAAAAACAGAAAAAUAUCAUUUUUAUCUUUUACAACACAUCAUAUUACUGCAUAAAAAAUACAGGCCAACGAAUCACUGCUAACCAUCUAAAAUUUACUUUCGACCAAUGCUCCCAUCAUGAUGCUGUUCUUAAGCACGGCCGUCGACGUUACCGAAACGCUAGGAAAAAAAUAUUCAGUUCUUUGUGGUAAAAAAAACCCCUACACAACACGCCCUCUGCAUAGAGUAGGCAGCAUGUAAUGAACUUCAAUAUUUAAAGCGAUUUACAGCAAACGAAAGAACGUAGUGAAGGAAUGCCAGACCCGAAAAGGGCCAGGUGUAGAAGAUGUGGAACAGAACAAACUGAUAAUAAAACAAAAUGUGUAUUGCGAAAAACCUUAGUGCAAGUAAAUCAAGACAAAACAUAAAACAAACGCGAAAUAAAGAGACAAAUUCCAGACCAUAAGAAACGAUCAAUGUAUGAAAGUAAAAACAGUUAAUUUGCAAAGUCA